CUUGUUUUUAAUUCUUUCUUUUCUUUAAAAAAAAAGUUAAAUUCUAUAAAAUGCCUCGUUCAGCUUGGAAAGGUCCCUUCUUCACCUCAUUCCCUGGUCUCAGACAGGCAAUCCAGAAUGGAACACCCAUUGCCACUCAGGCUCGUAGCUGCACCAUCCUUCCAUCGUUUGUCGGCUUGAAAUUCCUCGUUCACAAUGGAAAAGACUACCUUCCUGUUCAUGUCACUGAGGAAAUGAUUGGUCACAAGCUUGGCGAGUUCUCGUUCACUCGCAAGCGUUUCUCUUAUAGAUUUACAAAGGCAAAGUAAAAAAAAAGCAAAAGAAAAUGAUAAUCGACUGGAUUGGAAUGGAAUGGAAUGGACUGGAAUUCAUUCAUUCAUUUAUUUUUUUUAAUUGUGUGAGAGUGCGAGUGCGAAUGAAUGUUUGAGUAAGAGUAAAUUUUAUUAGUAUGCUAUAUAUGUAUAUAUCAUAUAUUCAAUAGAGAUAAAAAUAUACCUCUUAUAUGUCUAUAUAUCUAUCUAUACAUAUACAAAAAAUAAUAAAUACAUAAAUAAUAAUAAUAAUAAUAAU